CGAGUUAGCUGCAACAGGAAGGAAGGCAGUGAGUCCACUGUGAGGAAGUUGCUGUGCUAUCGAGUAGCAAGUAGCUAGUUUAGCUCGUUAGCAGUACCGUCAGGGUGCAGGGAAACUUUGUUUGGUGUAAAUGGGGCACUGAUGUGAAGGACUGUUGAAGAAGGUGUCUGCAGUACGAGAAUGGAUGGGCAGUCUCAAAGGAUUCAUCUUGUCUCAGCAGAUGACAGCAUGGCUUUAGGACAUCGGAUCCAGAUUGUUACAGAUCAGCAGACUGGACAGAAAAUCCAGAUUGUCACGGCACUUGAGCCAUCUUCUCCUGGAAAGCAGCAGUUUAUCUUAGCGAACGCUGACUACUCGCCAGGCGGAAAGGUGAUUCUGGCCAAGCAGGAAGGCUCGCCUAAUAAAGUCAUCCUUGCUUCUUCAGACGGGUCUGGAGUUAACCAGUUGCUGUUUACUGCUCCUGAACUGGCUGGACAGCAGAUCCAGUUUGUGACUGAAGGCUUAGAUCAGUCUAUCAAAUCUGUUGUUGAGUACUGCGUUGUCUGUGGAGAUAAAGCCUCAGGGCGUCACUAUGGAGCUGUGAGCUGUGAGGGCUGUAAGGGGUUCUUCAAGCGUAGCAUAAGGAAGAACCUGGUGUACACAUGCAGGGGCUCUGGAGAAUGUGCCAUCAACAAGCUGCACAGGAACCGCUGCCAGUACUGUCGGCUGCAGCGCUGUAAAGCUCUGGGCAUGAAGCAGGACUCUGUGCAGUGUGAGAGGAAGCCUGUUGAAGUUUCCCACAGAGAAAAACCCUUAAAUUGUGCAGCAUCCACCGAAAAGAUCUACAUUCGAAAGAACCUCUGCAGCCCCCUGGCUGCCACACCAACUUUUGAAUCUGACAAGGAAAUUGCAAGGUCUACAAAUUUACUGGAGUCCAGCAUGUUGCUCAACAUCCAACAACCUUUCCACAAGCUGGAAAACACCAUUUUGAUUCCAGCCUCCCCUGAUAAGGAUGACCCAUCUCAAGGGGAUCUUGGCACUCUGGCAAAUGUGGUUACAUCACUGGCCCACCUUAACAAAACCAGAAAACUGAGUGACAGCGAGAAUGAUGUGAUGGGAGCGGAAACACUUAGCAAUGGUGACAGCUCAAUGACAGACAUUCAAGACGAUGACCAAACAGCGAGUGAUAUCACUAGAGCUUUUGACACACUGGCCAAAGUUCUUCACACCGGUGACGGCCCAGAAGGAGAGUCGUUGGAAACAACAAUGCAGCUGAUGUCUGCAGAUCAUUCAGGCUCUGUGCUGGAGCUGGACGCACCUUUGCUUUCUGACGGCCAUAUCCCUUUCAAGCUCAUGAUGCCUUUGCCUGUGCCUGAGUUCCUCAAUGUAAACUACAUCUGUGAGUCGGCGUCCCGGCUACUGUUCCUGUCAAUGCACUGGGCACGCUCCAUACCUGCCUUUCAAACCUUAAGUGAUGAAGACAACGACAUUAACUUGAUGAAGGCCUGCUGGAAUGAACUUUUUGCCCUGGGUCUGGCACAGUGUUCUCAUGUUAUGAAUGUUGGUACCAUCCUAAGUGCCAUUAUCAACCAUCUACAGACCAGCUUACAGGAAGAUAAGUUGUCUCCAGAUAAAGGAAAACUAGUAAUGGAGCACAUCUGGAGGAUGCAGGAGUUCUGUAACAGCAUGUCCAAACUGUCCCCAGACUCCUAUGAAUAUGCCUACCUCAAAGCCAUCGUACUUUUUAGUCCAGAUCAUCCAGGCGUAGAGAAUAUCCCACAGAUCGAGAGUUUCCAGGAAAAAGCUUACAUGGAGCUCCAGGACUACGUUAGCAGGACAUACCCAGAAGACUCUUACCGGUUAUCCAAGCUGCUGCUGCGUCUUCCGGCCCUCAGGCUAAUAAGUGCAGCUGUCACAGAGGAGCUGUUUUUCGCGGGGCUCAUCGGCAACGUGCAGAUUGACAGCAUCAUCCCAUACAUCCUCAAAAUGGAGUCCACUGACUAUAACAGCCAAGCAAUCUCUGGCGUCUGACGACCUGGAUCAUUUGUCACAGCAAUAUUGGAUUGUAAAGGCUUGGCGGUUAAAGGGUUCAGAGAACUCGUCAAACCGGUUAGCAGAUGGUUAUAACGUACUAUGACUCAUUGUCCUUUCUGAUUUUUUUUUCUACAUCUGACUUCCCAGUACUUAGAGCUCAGCUCACGUGAAGGACCGAUGAGGUCACCUCAGUCUUUGCUCAGUCAGGAGUGGAUCCUUGAAACCUGCAGAGCAAAUUUAGAUUUUUAUUGAAGAGCAUUUUAUGCAUCCCAGCCAUCAAGCAUUUUCUUUUUGUGAACAUCUCACUUGUACUAUGAAUGACGGCAUGUUUAUUUUUUAACAGCUUCUCCUAAAUGGUAAGGGUUUUUUUAUUUUAAAGUAACCAUGAGGAGAAAGACGAGAAUCGGUUUGUGAGAUGUUCUCAUUUUUAUUUCGUGUUUGUUUGCUGGUCCAAAGGAUUGGCAGCAUCACUUGUCAAAUAUUUGGUAUGCGCUUCUGAAUUAACUGUAUAUAGAUUUGUAUAUAAAAUACAACAAGGAAGCUAUAAAAAGCAGCAUCUGGCAGUUUGUGGAUUACAUCAUUUUGGAUAAUGUAGAUGGAUAAACGGAUGGUUAUGUUAUUUGAGAAUAAAAACAUAUUUCAGUCAUGUUUUCCUGUUACUGUUCAGAUUUAGUCGACAUGAAAAAAAAAACAGCUAACAAUUUA